AGAGAGAGAGAGAGAGAGAGAGAGGGAGAGUUAGAUAGAUAGACAGGAAGAGAGGAGACGUCUAAUCGAGUGGCGAAGGCCGAAGGGUUGGGUUAGAGAGAGAGAGAGAGUUGAAGCUUCUUUCUGUGGUGGUGGUCGCCAACAGGGUUUGAGAGGAAGAAGAUAAACAGAGACCAGUUGUGUUAGUUGAAGAAGCUCACAGCUUGAAGAAGAAGAAGAAGAAGAACUUCGACAACCUUUGUGGCUCUUUCUCCUUGUAUACCAUGUUUCUAUAACCUCUUUCCUUGAUCGAUGAAUCGUUUCGAAUCGGUCAUACCUACAAUCGAGCUUCGGAAAGGAUUUGGGUGAUUAUUUCUGCUAUCUUCUGCUUCUUUGUACACUUUUACAUGUACAAAGAUCUAUUUGUUCAAUUUCAAAUAAUGAUGAGCUUGUCCAGAAAAGUUAUCUCAACAAACGACAUGAAGCCGAAUGCGUCGGGUAUGACAACGACUUUGAAUCCAAAUGCAGCGGAGUUCAUCCCUUCUGCCUUUAGAUCUUCAUCUGGAAGCCUCAGCUCUGCACAUGUGACAGCAAGGCUUAAUGCCUCUGGAACAUCUGGGAAAGCAGUUUUAGAUCGUUCAGAGUCCACUGUUUCUAAUAACUCCGACGAGGAGGCCCACCAGUACUGGCGCUGCCAGCUCCCUGAUGACAUCACUCCAGACUUCAAGUUCAUGGGAGAGGAUGAGUCGCAAGGACCUGAAAGUCUCUCUCUUGCAAGUUUGUCCAUUGACGAUCAGAGUGAUAGCUCAAGGUUCUCUGUAUCAACAGGCAGUGGUCAGAUACUAAGCAAGCAACAAGUAUUAUCUCCUCAUGCAGGGUUCAUGAACGGUAAUCAGCACAUUGGCAGUAAAGGAAGGGAUGGGUUUACUUACAAUGUCAACCCUAUCGCUGAAUUCCCAAACGAUACUUUGAAUGAGAAUGGGGUUUUGGAGGAUAUUAACAUCAAUCCUGUGGAAUUCUUGGCUUCUCAAUUCCCUGGUUUUGCUGCUGAAAGCCUUGCAGAGGUCUACUAUGCCAAUGGGUGUGACUUGAACUUGACAAUUGAGAUGCUGACUCAACUUGAGCUUCAAGUUGAUGGUGGUUUUAAUCAGAACCUGAACUCAAAAACCCCGUCUUCCCCAAACCUGAGUGCACUAGAUUUUCCUGCACUUACUGCUCCUGAUGAUCAAAAUGGUUUGUCAAAUUAUGUGGGUGAUGAUAUCCAGCAAGCUCCCAAUCCAUACCGGUCUUCUGACAAGGACGCUAUUCUUUUCUUCAAGUCCAGCUCCUCAACCCCCUCCAGAGGUGGUAUAGAUUUUGCUUCAACUGUCAGAAAAUUGGCAUCUCAGGAUUCUGGUCAAUGGAAGUAUGAGAGAAACGGUUCUUCAGAUACCACUGUUGGCUCAAGCAGAAGUUCCCAUAACUUAGUUAGCUCUUAUAGUGGUGGUCAUGUGAGGCCCAUUCAUAGUGACCGAUUGGAAAGUCAUGCUUCAGCUCGGGGAGCUCCUUGGCUUGAGACUGGAGAUGUAGUGGCAAAUAUGUACUCAGAACUUAGGGGAGAAGCUCGUGAUCAUGCACGACUUCGCAAUGCUUACUUUGACCAGGCACAACAGGCAUAUAAUAAUGGCAACAAGGCUCUAGCAAAAGAAUUAAGUGUGAAAGGACAGGUGCACAACAUGCAUAUGAAGGCAGCUCAUAUAAAAGCUCAAGAAUCCAUUUAUCGACAUAGGAAUCCAGUUGCCCGAGAGUUCCAUGGCAGUGUCAGAGGACAACAACGGAUGAUAGACUUGCAUGGGCUGCAUGUGAACGAGGCCAUUCAUGUGCUGAAGAACGAGUUAAGCAUCUUGAGGAGUUUAGCCAGGUCUGCAGCGCAACGGCUGCAGGUCUAUAUCUGUGUUGGUACUGGCCACCACACCAAGGGUUCCCGUACUCCAGCAAGACUGCCUAUUGCUGUGGAGCAAUACCUGCUAGAAGAGGAGGGCUUGAACUACACAGAGAAUCAGCCAGGGCUUCUGGAAGUUGUGAUAUAUUGAUUUUAGAGACAUGACAUUGUAAGUUUAUAGGAGUUUUUGACGCAAUCAGACCCCGUGAACCGUUGUCUUAGUUCAUAAUCUUCAUUCUUGUAUGUGCAUAUGGAGGAACUGGAAGGGAUAGGAGAACAGAGGCCUAAGAUGGGAAACAAAGAAAAGGAAGAAAAAAAAAGAGACGAGGAAAAAAGAAAGAAAGAGAAAAGAACGAUGUGGGUAGUUCAGAAAAGAAAAAAAGAGGACAUGUGUCAUUAAUUGGGUGACUCCAGUUAGCUUUUGUUUCUCAACUCUGUUUAUUUCUUGUAACUAUAUGUUUUAAAUUGUCCUUGUUAAAUUCCUUUUCCCCCUGACACUGUAACAUACAUGUGAUAUAUAUGACACCCAAUCGAUUCAAUGGCA